AUGUUUCCAAAAAACCUAUUAUUCCUAGUUUUCCCAACUCUGGCAUUCUGUCAAAAUCCCGUCAAAAUCGAGAUUUUCGGCGAAUCUUUGUGUCCCGAUACUUCUCGCUUCAUUUUCACUCAACUUUUGCCGUUCGCCAGAGAAAUUCCAGCAAAUUCCUUCGAAUUCGAUAUAACUUAUCAUCCAUUUGGCAAGCAAAGUGACUGCAUCACGAAUAAAUCGACAGGAACAGUGAGGUGAGAAAAAUUGAAAAUUUAGUUGUACCAGAGUUGCGAAAGGGAGCCUAAUAAUUGUUUUUUUCUAAAAAAAUUUCAAAAUAUUAUUUGAAAGCUACAGUAACUCUAAAGUAUUUUUGAGCCACGGCCAAAUCUUGCUUGAUGUCUACAGUACCCAAUAAUUUUUGAAGAUCAGAAAUUCACUUUUUUCAAAACUGCAGUAUUCCCUAGUAGUAAGGCUUUUAUGGAAAUUGAUUUUUUAAAGGAAUUCUGAGUUUCGUAUUCUUGAAAAUUUCUUAUUAUAAUUUUCGAGCCUUGAAAAAAUUAGACCAAAAAAGUUACAGUAACCUUCUAGUUUUUGACAAAAAAACUUCGUUCAUCAACAUAAAAUUUCUUCAAUUUUCCAGCUGCACCUGCCAACAUGGAUACAACGAAUGCUUUCUCAACUCAAUUCAAGCCUGCGUCAUCGAAACUCUUCUAAAAUUCUCUGAUUAUAUCGAACCCGUCGCUUGUAUUCAAGGAGCCGAAAUUCACCCAGCCAAAUGCAUCAAUGAACUUGUGAAAUCAGAUUCUGAUAAGCAAAAAAUCAAAAAUUGCUCCAAAUCCAACAACGCCUAUAAAUUGCUCCAAAAUCAUCAAGAAAUUCAGAAAAAUGUGGCUCCAAAUGUAAAUUAUGUUCCUUAUAUUCUGAUCAAUGGAGAGAGGAAUUAUGAGGCGGAGCAUAAUUUGGGAAAAACAGUUUGUGCUAAUUUUUCAGCCUUGGGAAAACCAGAAAUCUGUUCGAAAUUUGGAAUAUAAGUAAAUAUAAUGGGGUUUGAAAUAAAUAUUUAAUUUGCAUAACAUUUUCCGCGUGACCUAAAAAAUGACGUAGAAAAAAAAAAACAAAAAAAUCCAGUCUAUGUGAUCUUGUGAUCUAUUUUUCUAUUUGGAGCAGCUUGGAAAUAACCGCUUCCCUCCGAAAAAAUUAGAAUGUAAGUCUAGCUAUUUCCAGAUUGUUUUUGUAUAUCUAGCAAUAAUUUUGCAGAACACAAUAAUGGAACAAAAAAUGAAAAGAAAUUCAAAAGAAUCAACGAAUACUACUAAAGUGAAAAAGAAAAGCAAGGAAUAUGGAAAAAGUACGAGAAAUAUGAAAUCGAAAAGAUUUAAGAAAGAGAAGGAAAAAGAAAAAGAGAAGGAUAAGGAUAAGGAUAAAAAGACGAAGAAACUCAAGAAAACUUCAAAAUCACCGCAGAAAAAAGAACGAAAAAAGGAAAAGCAGCAGAAAAAAGGGGCGGAGAAAUCAAGAUCGAAAAAAGAAGAUUCAUCAUCAUCAUCUUCAGACGAGGAUGAUGAGACUGAUCCAUUCUCAUCCUUCGAUGGUAAAAAACAAUUGUAUUUAGCUGGAAAGAUCAAGAAACGCAAAAAGGAUCCAGAAGAUUAUGUAUUACGAUUAUUGAAUACAGAAAGACCAGAUUUAUUUCCAACUGGAUGUUUUUUGGAUCAGAAAGAGGCUAAGAUAUUGGAUGAAUAUUUAAAAGAAAAGGGUGAAUUAAGAAGUGGAGAGAUUGUUGUGAUGAAAGAAUCUGAAGAAGAUGAUGAGAAAAAACAGAAAAAGAUUAAAAUUAUCAAUAAAUUUAAUGAGGGAAGAUUUGGCGCGAUUUAUGCUGUGAAUCGAAUUGAUGCUGUUGAGUAAGUUUGGACACGUGUAAACUGCCAAAAAUGUGGUAAUGAGGGUCCAAAAUGCAAUUGUUUUUUUUACACGUUUACAAAAAAUACAAGUAAUUUCGAAAAAAAAUAACUUCUAAUCUUAAAUUUUACAAUUCUAUUCUAUUUUUCUGUCUUCGCUUUGUGUUUCUCUAUUUUUUCAUAUAUGAUGUUCUCGAUGAAAAUCGUGAAAUUUCCUGAUUUCACGGAAAAAAACCAAAUUAAAAAAAUAAACGAGAGAGUGUUGUGUGUAGAAGAGACGAGGGAGGAAGAGAGAAAAUGAGAGAUAGAAACUCGUAAGAGAGACGCCAGACAACACAACGGUUUGUGAAUUUUUUUGCCAACCUCAAAACCAUUUUUCGUUUUUUCACAAAAAAAGCUAAAAUCGUUCAUACUUAACCAAAUUUCACAAUCUUUGCAGCAAAAAAUAGCAAAUUUACGAGAAUAAAGAUCACAAGAAGAAAAAAACUAGAAAACGUUUCCCCAAACACCGAAAAAUAUGAUUAUAGGUUUUUCAGCUUGAUUCCCCUCGAUUUUUCUAUGAAUAUUUAUUUUUUCUAAAGAAAAAAGAAACACAGAAUUUUUGAAAUUUUGGCUGAACAAAAAAUGUUGUAUUUUUGCAUUAUUGCAUUCUGGUAUUUCUAAUACAAAAAUAUUGUAUUCUGGUACCAUAAAAAACGUAACUCGUAUUCUGGGUGGCCAUUUUCAAAAAAAAGUUUCAAAAUCCAAUAAACCUUUUUUCAGAGACAAAGUGGUUUUCGCUGGAAACGAAAUAAUGUUCAUGAAAACCAGCUUACGACAAAGCGCAUGUUCAACUAAUCGCUUGAUUCGAGAAAUCACAGUGUUGAAAAUAUUGAUGAGUUUUCAUGGAAAAGAAAAACCGCAAUGUAAGCGAAUUGUUCCACUUCUCCAUGAGAGCAAAGUUCUCGGUAUUCCCUAUUUUCUGAUGCCUCAAAUGGGAACAGAUUUGGAGAAACUUCGAAUCGAUUUCGGUCUUCAAACUCCUCCAGCUUGCUCAUUUUUUAUUGCUCAAGAAAUAUUGAUGGGAAUAAAAGAUAUGCAUUGUCGAAAAUUAAUACACCGUGAUAUAAAACCAUCAAAUAUUCUUGUUCACACCGUAAAUCGAACACAAUGGUGGUUGAUUGAUUUUGGUGAUACUGUUGAAUCAAAUCAGCGAGUUGCUCUAUCUCCACCAGAUGCUUAUACCCUUCCAUAUUUAUCAUUAACUGGACAUAUUGCUGCGAAUCCUGCCAAUUCUUCAAUUGUUCCAGCCAAUUAUAAUCAAGAUAUUGAAAGUUGGUUUUAUAUUUUGAUGGAUUUAUUCAAACCGUUGAAUUGGAAAAAUAUGACUGAAGAAGAAGAUAUAGUUCAGGCAAAAAAGAGUUUUGGAAUAAAUCAAAUAUGACGAAUGAUUAUCCAGUUCAAAUUCAAUCGAUAAAAACAUUAAUUGAGAGAGGUGUUAACUAUCCAUAUAAGGAGUUAUCAGAAGUUAUGAAAGAAGGAUUUGAAAAGUUCAAAACACCAGAUUGGCGGCCAUGUUGGAUUCCACCAGAAGUCGCUGUGCCAACACCAACAAAUCCUGCAAAACCGGUUGCACAAAAAUAA